AAAUUAUGUUUUAUGUGUAUUUUUUUUCCUCAGCAUUUAUUUAUUUGUUUAUUUAUUGCCUAAUAAAUGGUUUCUAUGGUGAGGGUCAUGUUUGAUCCCGUGUGUGUCAUAUUACUGGUCCAUGGCUGGGCAUUUCCUGCCUUCUAUUUUUAGAAAGUGGCAGAAAGCAAAUAAGACAGGCUUACGUCACGGUUUGUCAUGUAUAUUUAAGGACUCUGGUGCCCCUCUCCUCUUCCUCCCUCUCUCUCUCCCUCUGUAAGGUACCCAUCCUCUUCUUCAUGGAUAUGGCCACCCAGAUGCUCCAUCCAUCCCAUCCGCACACCACGUGACCCAGUCCUCCCAUGUCCUUCAGUAGUUCAUUCAGCAUGAUGGCUGCGGAUGCUGCGGAUGCUCUGUGCUGCAUCCUGCAUCCGCGCCGGCUCUCCCUGCUCUUCCUCACCGUCACCUUCUCCUCUCUGCCGGCCCCGACAGCAGCGCUGCUCGGCGUCCGGCCGGAGGACACCCAGAGCGGGGAGCUGUCCGUGCAGGAUGGGAUGCUGAGAGCGUUGGAGGGGACCCGUUUCAUGCUGAGGGUUUACUACUCCGCAUCUCCAGCUACGGAGCAGCAUCCCAACAUCAGCGGUAGACCUGACGCGGCUCCCGCCGCCCCGUGGAUCGCCUUCAUAGAGGAGCCAGAUGGGGACGGCGGGGACACGGAGAGGCGGCUCCGGUCCACGAGUAAUCCGUGCGACGAGGAGAAUGCCCGAAGCUCUGACAUCGAGCUGCUGGGCUCUUUCAGAUCCACCUCAAGUCACAACUCAGUGUUGGUGGAGCUGCUCGCUAAAGACCUCCGCAGAGGGGAGGUGAUCAAAUACUACUCCAUGUGCGCGUUUGAUGGAGUGAAAUGGGAGCAUUUCAGCACCAAAGACUUCUGGUUGGCGGUGGUGGAGAGACCUCCAGAGGCAGAUGUUUGGCUCCAGGCGGGUGUCUCGAUACUCUUGUUGGGACUGUCCGCGCUCUGCAGCGGUCUGAACAUCAGCAUCCUGGCCCUGGACCCCGUGGAGCUGCGGGUCCUGCAGAACAGUGGCACAGAGAAGGAGCAGAAAUACGCACGGAAAAUAGAGUCAGUGCGUAAACAUGGGAACUACAUCCUUUGCACCGUGGUGCUGGGUAACGUGCUUACAAACACAUGCUUUGUGGUGUGGAUGUGCCAGAUUUUAGGAAUGACUGCACUCUCAACAGCCUCGUGCACCUUUGGGAUAUUCUUCAUAGGCGAGAUUUUACCUCACUCCGUGGCGUCCAGGCACAGUCUCGCCAUCGCCUCCAAGACCCUCUGCGCCACCCGCCUGCUUAUGCUGGUGUUUUUCCCCAUCGCCUACCCAGUCUCCAAGAUCCUGGACAUCAUGCUGCACCAGGAGAUCAGCAACUUUUACACCAGGGAGAAGUUGGUGGCCAUGCUGCGCGUCACAGACCCGUACCACGACCUGGUCAAAGAGGAGCUCAACAUCAUCCAGGGAGCCCUGGAGCUGAGGACCAAGACGGUGGAGGACGUGCUGACCCCGCUGUCAGACUGCUACAUGCUGUCCUCGGACGCCGUGCUGGACUUCUGCACCAUGUCGGACGUGAUGCAGAGCGGCUUCACCCGGAUCCCUGUCUACGAGAACGAGAGAUCCAACAUCGUGGACAUCCUGUUUGUCAAAGACUUGGCCUUCGUGGAUCCGGAUGAUUGCACUCCCCUGAAAACAAUCACUCAGUUUUACAAGCAUCCCAUGCACUGCGUGUUCAAUGACACCAAGCUGGAUGUGAUGCUGGAGGAAUUCAAGAGAGGUAAGUCCCACCUGGCUGUGGUGCAGAGGGUGAACAGCGAAGGCGAUGGAGACCCCUUCUAUGAAGUGAUGGGCAUCGUCACCCUGGAGGACGUCAUAGAAGAGAUCAUCAAGUCUGAGAUUGUGGACGAGACAGACCUGUAUACUGAUAAUCGGAACAAAAGGCGAGUAUCCAACCACGAGAGGAAGCAGCAGGAUUUCUCCAUCUUUAAAGUGGCAGAAAAUGAGCUGAAGGUGAAGAUCUCGCCGCAGUUACUGCUCGCAACACAUCGCUUCUUGUCGACAGAGGUGGAGCCUUUUAGGCUGUGUCACCUGUCAGAAAAGAUCCUGCUGCGUCUCAUCAAACAUCCCAGCGUUGUGCAGGAGCUCAAGUUCAACCCCAAGAACAAGCAUGCGCCUCAACACUACCUCUUCCAGAGAAGCAAACCUGUGGACUACUUUGUUCUUAUUCUGCAGGGCCGGGUGGAGGUAGAGAUAGGAAAGGAGGCUCUUCGCUUUGAAAAUGGAGCAUUCUCCUAUUACGGCAUGCCGGCCCUCAUCUCACCCCUGCCUGUUGGUGCGAGGUAUAGUUCCCGGGGCAGUGGUCUGAACCAAUCAGAUUCCUUACUGAGUGGAGGCAGUGUGGGUCAGCUCACCACAGGAGGAGGGGCCUACUUACCAGACUACUCAGUCCGUCAGCUCACAGACCUGCAGAUCAUCAAGAUCACCAGGAGCCACUACCAAAACGCCCUAACUGCCACCAGGAUGGACAGCUCCCCUCAGACACCGGAUGCGGUGGAUCCUGAUGCUAAGGGGAGGACUCCUGUCCCAGAGGCCCGCUCACACAGCAUCGCCCUCCCCCUCACGCACACACACACUCGACUGGGGCUGGCACGCCUUGCACAUCUCCAUCCCCACGGUGGCCUUCGUAACACCUCCCAGCUCAAUGAAAGAAACAGAAUCGUUCGCAGUAAAUCUGACGGACAGAGGAGUCCGAACGAUACCGUGUUCCUCCGCAUGGAUGAGAUUCCCUACAUCCACGAGGACCGGCCGGAAAGUUAUGGAGAGAAUGACGUGCCUACAGAGUCUCAGCCCUCCACCUCCCCCUUCAUCAGCUCUCUGUCUCUGUCCAGCUCGGAGGAGAACAUCGGGAAAAAGCUGUUGCGUAAAUUGAGUAACAAGAGGAGGAAAAAGUCUCGCGACGGAGACAAGAGUUUGGAGGAAGGUUCAGAGCAGCCGCCAGUGACGAGCUAGCACAGUGACACCGAGGAUGAAGCUUCCUCCUCUGCAUCACUCACUGGUUCUCCUUACUAAACAACCACCCCCUCGUAGACUCCCUCCAUGCUCCGACACAACUCUCACAGGAGACUGAGCCAUCUUACGUGAUGUAGCCACCAGUAAUACUCAGGUCCCCACUGGCACACGCUGUCCCACCUCUGCCUGACUUCACACCCUUAAAGUGAUUGCUGAUUAUAAGUGGGACAGAUCAGACAAAAAACUUGAUUGGACAAAUCUAAACAACAUAGUAUUGGAUUUAUCCAGCCUUACACUGGACUGUACGGAGGUUCUCUUCACGUGUUUUGUCAUAAACGGGGCAAAUCUUGACAUAUAAGCCUUCUAAUAGUAGCUUUAUCCAUUCAAUCAUCUCAUUUAAGCCAUCCGGACUCUACAAGAUCUCUCAAUACGGAGCCCUACACUGUCCUUAAAUAAUAUCUGAGCCAGAUUUUACUUGAUCAAACAACGAAUAAAACAAUUUUUAUUAUUUAUUUAUUAUAGGGUAGUUCCGAAAUACUGAAAAUGUUUGCACAGGGAAUUGUCCUAAUGUUGCCAUAAUGGUGCCACCUACUGCCAACAGACACACUAGCCAUCAAGCCAACAAGAGCACAAUUUUUACACCAGAUUAAAAGAACACAAUUAUAAAAGAAAGCCAUAAAUUAAUUUCCAGCUUGAAUGACUACUUACUGUAAACACUGACCUCUCGGAAAGCUUAGAGGGGCGCGUGCAAUUUUGCCUGUGCUUGAAAAACAAUUUCUUAUCUGAUUUUUAUAUUAAAGUGUCAGAGUUACCUAAAGUAAUUUGAUGAUAGCAAUAUAAGUCAUCUUGCAUAUUGUAAAUGGCUACCACAUGCACACACACACUCAGUACAUGCAUCCUUCCCACACUGAAUCUGUCUGGUAUGUCUUCCCAUUAAAACAUUUCCCUCACACUGCAUAUGUACCUGUAUGGACACAAUUUUAGUCUUUCUAUCCACCUUUUCUCUCGAUGUUGUCACUUUUUUAAAAAACAUGAGCCUAGAAUAUGUAGCGGCAAUCAACUCCACACCAUUAGAAGCCAUAUAAGCCACUUUUCUGUGUACGGUUCAUCUCACCGAAGCUGCAUACACCAAUUCAAUAUAAGCUAUGGGUUCGGGGUCUUUGGGUCACUGGAUCCAGGUGGAUAUUCUGAGUAUUCUCAAGGACAGAGUAGUUGCUACUUGCAUGUUUGUUUAUGCUGCUUUUACUGUAGAAACAUCCCCUGUAGAGAGCUGUGUUUUCCCAUAUGCAUGCUUAAGUAAAGGGAUGCAUGAGUAGGAUGAUUUGCAGUAACUCCUCCCCACACAGGCGCAGUGUGCCACUUACUGAUAUCUAAAGAAAGGGUACGUUUUAGAAUGAGCCUGAGGUUUUGAAAAAGUUGGGUUAAAGUGCAAUAAAUACUGCAGCGAGGCAGUUUUCUUUUUAACUAUUGCUACUACAGCACAAAGGGACUUGAGAAAGGGUCAAAGGUCACUGUAUCUACCGCAGAGGAUAUCUGGGGCAUUCAAUGCUGCUUACUGAAGGAAAAAAUUAAGCCAUUGUUCUAUAAAUAAUCCGCAAUAAUGAAACAGUGAUUUGAUCCUUUUUGAAAUGUGUUCGCAGCGGCUCAGGUUGGACUGAGCUGCUCUGCGUUGUGAAAUCUUGGCAGGUACACCGCUCAACAAGAACAGAGAGAAAGAUAUGAAAGAGGAAAGCAAUAUGACGCACACUGACGUCAAGCCACCGCCUCCCGUCAAACACACACACACACACAUACGCAGGUGGUGUUUCGGGACACUCAGUGACAUAACUCAUGCUGCCUGGUAAGUCUAUGAAAGUACAAAGGAUACUGCGCUGCUAAGCUAUUCGCAUUGACCCCUCUAUGUACACAGAGCAUGCAAGGGGAAGUCUUUUGAUCUGGCAACUGACUCUCAGUAAGAGGAUUUGUGUGAAGAGAGAUUUUGCAUCUAGUCAACACUGAUUUCUAUAUUUGUGAGGAUUGAUAUAUUGUUUAGGAUAAAAAAAAAAGGCAAAGUUUUGUAAUGUAUUAUUCAAAUGAUUAUAUAAGCUACCCAAAGAUAUCAAGAGACGGACCAUAUGUUCUACACAAGGGAUGGUUAAAUUAUUAAUAAAUUGACUUAACUAUUAUUCUUGUCUGCUUUGUCUUGUUUCCACCGUUUAUAGAUUUAAAUUUAAACUGCUUUAAAAUGUGCACACAGCAUGAUCACUCACUUUAAAGUAUGCGUACAGAUUCCAACAUAUGUGACAACAUUACAAACAUACUAUUUAUAGUUCUUUAUUUAUAGAGUUCAUUCAUCUUAUUAGAAGGUCUGAGGACAGUAAGACUGCUGCAUUGGUGUACUGCGCACAGUGAUACGAUAGCAAACUGGUUGAUCAUUAGUGUUUGUGCCACAGACGUUAGGGUCUUACGUAAUAGUGCACCAGUGCUACGGACAGACAGACGCUGUGCAAUUCACUUUACAGGUGCCUGACAUCACAAAACUCAGCUGUGAGCCGAAAACAGAGAUUACUCCGGAGUCACCUGGAUGACUGCGAGGAAAUUUCGGUGCUGUUUGUGCUCACCGAGUUAAAACUCUCCAUAAAUACUGAUUAAAAGUGAGGUAAUUAGUGUCACCACUCUGGGCAGAAGACAGUAGUAUUAAUAAAUUACAUAGCUCAAGUUAAAAAA